AGAGAAUUACAGAGAGUAUGAGAGAGAGACUCUCAUUCCUCAAGAGUAUUACAUUAUGAAUACAAACGAUAAUAUCAGUGAUAAUAAGAGUAUUUGUGAUGAUAUGACAACUAAUAAUGCAUUGAAUAAUGAAAACCUUAUUGUAACUGUUGGCGAAGAUAAUCAUAAUAAAAAUAAAUCUAAUUUCUCGUCAAAAAAUCUAAUUCUGAAGCGAUUUUUGGAUAAUAAUAAUUGUGUCGAUGAUUGUAAUGCAAAUGCAAAGAAGUCUUCCGAUAGAAAUGCAAUCAAUUUUAUGGUGCUAGGUUAUUUCCUUUUGGUGCUAAUCCUCGUUUACGCCUAUUUCGGGAGUUUAAUAAGUGAUCUCUUCAUCACAAACACCAACCAAAUAAACAAUAUUUAUGUUGAAAAGCAAAACCAAACCAAUAAUCAUGUGAAGAGUUCAACGCAAGAACCUAUUAAUAGCGACACCGAUGUGACUGAGAAACAAAAUAAAUUGAUCAAGAUGAUCACAUCCACCGAACUCAUUGUCAUACUAUGGCUGACGUUGAUAUACGGGUCGUGUUUGAUGUUGUUUCUCAGAUUCAAAGUAUUAAAGCUGGAAAGGGAUCCAAACAGUGAUAAACACCGCAAAAAGGACAGCACCGAAGAGUUGAACGCCUUUCUCAGUAACAGUCGUAACAAAAAGAAUUCAUUCAAAAACAAAAACCUGACCCUGGACAGUCCGGUCGUCACCAACACUAAUGAGCCCUUUUGGCACAAAUAGGUCUCCUCUAUAGAGAGAUUGGCAAAUAUGACUUUGGAUUCAUGAUUUCAAAUGCAUUUAAUCACUACUAAUGCAAUACAUGAUUAUCGGAGGCAAUGAAAAGGAAAAUCUAGACAUCCAGUGAUUGAAAUAUAAUGAAUGCAUUUAAUGAAUUGUGAAUUAGUUUAUGAAUUAUUGAUAGAUUCUAUGCAAAGCUACAAAUUAUAUAUAACUAUAUUUUAAAUACCCUUCCAUUUUAAAAUACCUUCCAAAUGAAUUAUGGUACAAUAUAUUUCCCCAUAUUAUAAUUAUAUU